GUCCGGUCGAGUCCCUGGGCCACGUCUCCUGCGACAUGUUGACGCGCAGUCCUGUCGCCGCGGCCGCGUCUGGUCGCGUGAAAAACGAGUUGGGCCAGGGAAGCUGGCAGUACUCCGGCGUCAGAGGGUCGCAUGGUCCGCGCGAGGAACCCUGCGCUGCAAACGCACUCAGUAGAACGAGAAACACGGCCUUCACGUUUGCGGCUACACAACAAGCUGCGGCCAUUUUGGCAAUUAUGACGUCACGAAUAAUUCUCUCCACAUAAAACGUGUAUAAAUUGGCGAAAUGUAUAGGUAUAUACGGUCGGGAACUGUGUGUGUGUGUUGUGAUUUGCAGGCGAGACGGAAAUUUGGAUUCCUGGAAGCUAUAAGGUAAGUCCUAGCCGUCUCGCCCACGCCUACCGGGGGUGCACAGCUACAGCAGCAUGGCUCCACUCUCUAUAUGACGCGGGGAGUUGCGAUUCAGUCGGGCAAACUCAGCGGUCGUGCAAGAAGAGCAAUAGCUAGUCUGUAUGAGUUUCGCUGCUCUUCUGGCGUACCGCCGAUCAUCACAACACUCAAAGAUGCAGCAAAAUCAGUACACGGAGUCAGUGGCGCUGCAGGAUCCGCUGACGGAUUCGGACGGAGACGACUCGAGACCAGAGGACAGAGACAGACAGCAGUACAUGUUCAUAUGGAACCAAACAUACGAGAAAUGGCACGAGUGUCUUAUCACUUUCAACGCCCCGAUGCUCACCAUCACAGAGUUCGAAGACGAGAAAGUGGAGGUCAAUGAGCUCCAGUUGCUACACUUGAAACAGAAGUGGUACCACGGCAACAUUUCACGGAGAGAAGCAAAGAUCAUUCUCCAAGAUUUCAGAGGCGGAAACGGCUCCUUUCUGGUGCGGAGCAGCGAGAGCUUCUCCGGAAAGUUCGCAAUCUCUUUCGUUCACGAAGGGCACGUGAAGCACGUGGUGGUGGAGUCAAGUACAGACCCUGUCGUGGGCAUUCUCUACCACAUCACCCCGAAGGGACCGCGAUUUCACUCGCUCUACGACCUCAUUGAAAAGGCACAGCGGGAGCCCGUCAUUAAGAACCACUUGUUUGAGAUGGUCCUAGGAAAAUGCCCACCCAAGCCCGAUAUGAGAUGGCUACACAGAGGUGUCAAGUCUCUGUCGCAGGCAGAGCAGCUCCUGAAGAGAGAUCACCGAGACGGAGCCUUCUUUGUCUACCGCACUAAGUCUGAGCACUCGCCUUACAUUGUAGCAUUCAGAUCAGGUAGUAGCAUUCUGCACAAUCUAAUAGUAGCGACGCCGCGACCCAACGCAGGGUACUCCCUCAACGGACUCAACACUCCCGUACUGUACAAGCUAAUCCACUACUUCAUGGAGAACCCCAUCCACGGAACCACAGUCCUCAAGUACCCCGUAGAGGACAAAGAUCCCCUCACAACAAACUGUGCCGUGGCGAUAAGGGACCACCACAGGGCAAUGCCGGGGAGCGGAGAACAUCUCCUCAGUUUCUCGACCGGGUCGCUCAUUACCAGCGUUGACACGGGGACGUCGGAGGAGGGCCUGUGGAGAGGCAAUCACAGAGGGGACAAGGGGAUGCUCCUACCGUCAUCACACGUGCGACUCCUCACCAAAGACGAGAUGGAGUUUGUGUCCGACUUGAAAACCAGCCAGCGUUUGGCGGAGUCACAGGCAGCCCAAAAGACACUCAAUUUUCGCACACACAUUCUCGACAUAAAAUCAGACUAUCGCGUCAUUUUUGACUUUUCGCCAGACAUGCAGCCGACAACAAUCGUGAUAGAGCCACUCAUAAAGUCCCUCCGCAGCUACCGGCUGGCCUGUCAGACACCUGAAGACUUGGAAAUGUGGUACCACGUGUUACAUGCAGCUCGCUGCCUCCCGAAGUCUGUAGAGGAACUAUCGCGUUCAUCGCGCUACAGAAGAGGCUGCACUAUCUGCUAAACACUGUGUGUCUGUCACAUUGUGUAUCUGGAGAUCAAGUAUUAUAUGUGUAUAUGUGUCCAUUGUCGUCUGUCAUUACAUCAUAGUGAUUUGUGUAUCCACAGUCCGUUUACUGUCAACUUACAGCUUUUAUGAUUCAUCAAUCACGUCAAAUUGUGUGUCUUAUAACACUUGUGUAUAAUACAUCAGCGUGCACUCUAUUAUUAUGAGCCCUUACAUGGGCUAUAAUUCAAGAAAUAAAUUUUGAUAAAUAACGAGCUGCAGCCAGCGAUGUAGUAGUCGCAAUUCUGUGUGUGGUUUCUGUAUGUGCAAUGAAUCAUUCCUGCAUAAAUUGUGAACUGAAGCUAUAAUAUUAUACAGCGCUUACUCGUGUACAUAACUCUUGCGUGAGGUAGCCCGGUGAAGAAAGCUAUUAAACUCUGCACAUCAUUGUGAGGAUCAUCGUCAUAAUAACACAAGAAAUAGCCAA